CUUAAUUACUACAUGAAGCUACAUCAUGCAUACUACAGUUUUAUUAUAACAGAUCAUGAACUUGUCGCUAUCCGAAGGCUUGAUAAGGAUGGAAAUUUGGAGCUCUUGACACCUAUUUCUUGGACAGUGAAGGGUACUGCUUCAAAGCCGAGACUAACAGUAUUACUUGGGAUCUGGUAUUUGGGAAUGCUCGCGGCAAAUAAUCAGGUCUGGUAUCUCUAUUGA